GGGCUGGGGAACUCCUGCCUCUCUUUUCCCUCUGACCCAGCCAGGUGUGCACGCUGCCCGUAGACCCAAGGCCUAAUAAUGUCAGGGCUUAAUAUAUCACUGGGCUACUUCAUAACUGUGGUGGCCGUAGGUGCAUUUGCUCGGGUUCUGCUUGUGCGAAAGAGGCCGCAGUGGACUUUCUUGACUGAAUUCAUUGCUGCCUUUGUGCUUGCGGCCUGCAGGCUGGAGGUGCAAACCAUUUCUGAGAUUGGCCAGUGGGCUGGAGGCUUGGGCCCAGAUGUCACCCUUACAAUGCUCUUCCUAGCCAUAACCAUCCAUGGUGUCAUCAUGCAAGGAGUCACUGGAAACCCUUCAGUGACUUUGAUGGGGUUCCUGCAGAAGGAGACUGGAGUAGUAUCCACUGUUCUCAGCUUAGCAGGCCAGUUCGCAGGGGCACAGCUUGCCCUGCUCUUAGCCGGCUGGUACUGGGCAAUGGAGCUGACAGACAUGCACAUGAUCAAGAACAUGAUGACAGCUGAGUGCAGCACAUCACUGCGUGCACCACUGAUACAGGGCACCAUUACAGAGGUUGUGAGUGCACUGGCUUUUCAUCUGGCUGCCCUCAGCCUACACCGCAGGUCACAGCUGCUCCAGACUCCCCUCUUAGCCCUGCUGCUCACCUUCCUCUACUAUGUAGGAAGCGACUAUACCUCUGCUUAUGUGAAUCCCUCCCUCGCCUACGCACUGACCUUCACCUGCCCUGGACACACCAUCUCCGAAUACGCUCUAGUCUACUGGCUUGGACCUCUUGUGGGCAUGACCCUGGCCUUGCUCCUCUACAGGGGCAACGUUCCCUUGUUCUUCACCAAGAACCUGCUUUUCUCAAAAAAGACACGCUUCCGUUCACCAAAGGGGAAAAAUUCUGAAGAGAAAAGAAAGUAGACGAGACUGUUUAGCACCAUCACAUUUUUCUCCAAUCGGGGACAUUUAAUGCCAUUGCUUUUCUUUGUAAGGUCAACUUUAAAGAAAAAAAAAGAUCACCAAGACACAGAGCAAUGAACUGUAUAAAGAAUUUUUAUACACUUUGCAAUAAAAAGUCAUUUUAAUGUGUUGUGAUAUUCAAUGUACAAUAAAGAUCGUUUGUUUCAAAACAAAAUUUAAA